AUCAUCUACACCAUGCCCUGCUCCUCUCUCACUGCUGCUGCUUUCCUCCCACUGACAUAGAUCUACACCCCUCCUCUUCCUCCUCCUCCUCUCACCGCUGCCCCGCUCGACACGCCAUGGCAGACGGGCACGAUGCGUCCACCGACGUGGAGAAGGCGCGCUCGGCGAGCAGACAGAACAGCAGCACACCCGACCGUGCUAGCACUCGCCGCAAAUGGACAAUGGGCAUAUUGGACGCCGACACAGAAGAAGUCCCCGGCUCCAUCCUGCUCCUGAGCAAAGCCUCGGAAUACAACGCGCCGCUGGGCAUGAAGAAUGCUCCCGCUCGCACCUCCGCCUCCUCCUUUCCCCAAUCCCCGCGCCCCGGUUCGCACUCGAGAUCGAGCUCUGUGGCCAGGGUUCGAUGGAACGUGCCGGAAAAGAAAAAGACGCCAGACGGCAAGAUUGUGCUGGAGCCACAGCCUGAUGAAAGCCUGAAUGACCCGCUGAACUGGGCAAUGUGGCGACGAGACGCCGCCUUGCUCUCGCUCGGCUUCUAUUGCAUGGUUGGAGGAGGAAUGACACCAAUCCUGGCUGCUGGCUUUCACGACGUAUCGGAGGAGUACAACGUCUCCGAGCCUCGAGUCGCCCUGACCACGGGUCUGUACAUGAUGGGAUUGGGUCUUGGAUCAGUCGUGCUCAGUCCGACGGCUAUCUUGUUUGGCAAGCGCCCCGUCUACCUCGCUGCUGCCAUCUGCUUCAUCCUCAGCUCCAUCUGGUGUGCCAAGUCGCCCAACUUUGGCAGUUUGGUUGCCGCACGUAUCUUUCAGGGUAUCGCGGUGAGUUCCGUCGAGUGCUUGCCGUCUGCCACUGUUGCAGAGAUCUACUUCUUGCACGAAAAAGCCUACCGACUGGGCAUCUACACUCUUCUCUUACUUGGUGGCAAGAAUUUGGUGCCUUUGGUUAGCGCUGCCAUCAUCCAAAGCUUGGGCUGGAGGUGGGUGUUCUGGAUGGUCGCUAUCAUUGUCGCUUUCGCCUGGUUUCUACUCUUUUUCUUUGUCCCCGAGACUUUCUGGGAUCGCACUCCAGUUCCACACAAGCACAGGCAUCCUUUGAGAAGCGUUCGCAGCAUUUCGCGCUCCAUCAUCCGAUCGAGCCCUCCCAGCCCGGAAUUGUCCCGUACCGAACGACCUGCUGCAAAGGCAACGGAAAUCCCAGGCGACGGUGAGAAGAGACGUGCAGCACACUUUGAAAAUGAUGUAUUGAACAACGAGCAAGACAGAAAUGGAAUAUCACAAGAGAAGGCUGCGUCUGAUGAGACCAAAGCUGGGCGCACCACUCCAUCGCCGCCACAGCCAGUACAUGUCCCGCACGAUGACUACUUCAGCCUUCCUCCUGCCGACCCUGCCGCUGCCGAAGCUCAGGUCUUCACACCAAAGGCAAAAGAUUUUGCGGAUGUUCCAGACCCUCGAAACGAAUACACAAAGCAAAACGCUGCUCAACCGCCAAAGACUUGGGUACAGUCGCUCAGCCCGUACUCUGGCAGAUUGUCAGACUCCUCCUGGCUACGAGUGAUGAUCCGGCCUUUUAUUCUCUUCGCCUAUCCGAGCAUCCUAUGGUCUGCCUUGGUGUACGCGCUCUCCAUUGGCUGGCUUAUUGUUCUGUCCGAAUCUAUCAGCAAGAUCUACAUGACUAGAGAAACUUACAAUUUUACUGCACUCCAGGCGGGCCUCGUCUACAUCUCACCUUUUGUUGGCGGCAUUCUUGGCACAGCUGUGGCUGGAAAAGUCUCCGAUAUCAUUGUCCGCUGGAUGGCACGUCGCAAUGGUGGUGUCUACGAGCCCGAGUUCCGACUUGUCAUGGCCAUUCCAAUCGCCAUUACCACUACCAUUGGUCUUAUGGGUUAUGGCUGGUCGGCUCAUGAGAAGGACGCUUGGAUCGUUCCCACCAUCUUCUUCGGCUUCAUCUCCUUUGGCUGCUCACUGGGAUCAACAACGAGUAUCACUUUUGCCGUGGACUCUUACCGACAAUACGCUGGCGAGGCUCUCGUGACGCUGAAUUUUAGCAAAAAUAUCUUCCACGGGUUGGUGUUCAGUUUGUUCUUCAAUCAUUGGCUGGAAAGCGAGGGGAGCAAGGACGUUUUCGUUUCGAUUGGAGGUAUACAACUGGCGUGUAUGCUGACGACGAUUCCCAUGUACAUCUAUGGCAAGAGGGCGAGAAUGUGGACUGUGAAGAAGAAUUUUAUGGAGAAGUUUUGAUCUUAGAAACUGGCUUUUGGGAAAGGAGAGAUCUGUUGAAGCGAUUUUGCAUUGGCAUAGCGCGGUGCGUGGGUUUAGAAACCUGUUUUGACGAUAAUGAUAGAAUGAUCUUGACACGAAUUUUGGGAAG